AUGGCGAAGGGUAACAAGGGUAAGCGAAGAGCUGCGCAAAAGAGACACGUCGCCGCGGGCGACUUUCUGGAGGAAUUCCGUCGACAAUCCCUAGAGGCCGCAGAGGAGCUUUCUCGGCAAUCCCUAGACGCCGCAAAGGCCGGCUCUAGCGAAACGGGUACGGAUGUCGCUGCUUCUCUAGCGAAAUCCGCCGUCUGCAGCAACGGGGGCAAGCGUGGUGGUGAUCUAGCACGGCAGGGCAGCAAAACGGGCAGCCAAACGGGCAGUUUCCUCGUGGAGUUCCACUGCCACAGCACGUGCAGCGACGGGUCGCUCUCCCCAGCCCAGGGUUGGCAGAGGCGAUGGCAGCAGUGGUGGGAGCAGCUUCCCCUCUCUGCUCUUCCUCACGAGUUCUUCGUCUUUCAACUUCCCCCUUCCACCUUCCACUCCCCCACUCCUCAGGUGCGGAUACUCGCUCUAACAGACCAUGACAGCAUGGCAGGGGUGGCAGAGGCGACAGCAGCAGGGCGGGAGGUGGGAAUGUGUGUGAUUCCUGGGGUGGAGGUUAGUGCUUACUACGACUGCCACACCCCCAAAAUAACAGGAGGGGGCGCUGUUGCAAACGGGAGUCGAGGAGAUGGAAUGGAGGAAGAGGAGGGAGGGGUAGAGAGAGAUAGAGAUGAGGGGGGAGGGAUCGAGAGGGGGGGAGAAGGGAAGAGGGAAGGUGAAGCGGAGGGGGUGAGAGAGGGGAGGGGAGGUCAAGGAGUGCAUGUGUUGGCGUACUUUCCUCCCCUGGGCAUGCGAGAGAGGUGGCAGAGUGUGCGGAGCGGCGAGAACGGGGACGGAUGUGGAAGGGAGGAGGGGAGGGACGGGGAGGAGGAAGGAGAGGAUGGGGAGGAGGGAGAGGAGGGAGGUGAGGGGGAGGGGAAGAAGCAGCGAGUCAGCGACGAUGUGAUUGGAGUAGUGAGAGAGGAGGGAGGAGAAGCUAAGUUAGCAUGCCAAGAAGGUGCUGAGGGGGCAGCAGAGGGCGCAGCAGAAGGAGCAGGGGGUGUAGUUGGGAGUGCAGGAGGCGAGAGCAAGGCAGGAGGGGAGAGCAAGGCAGGAGAUGGACUUAAAAAGCUGGUGGAGGUGUUGGAGGGGAUCAGGGAGGGGCGGCACAGGCGGGCGGCAGGCAUGGUGCAGUGGCUGCAGCAGCUGGGCGUGGGUGUGACUAUGGCGGAUGUGAUUAAGCAACUUGACGAUCCCAAGACGGCACCGGGCAGGGUACAUGUGGCGAGGGCGCUGGUGGCAGUGCGGGCGGUGGGGGAUAUGGAGGAGGCGUUUCAGAAGUAUAUAGGGGACCAUGGGCCUGCGUAUGUGAGAGGCUCUGAGAUCCCAGUCUCUGAGGCCAUCCGCGUUAUAAGCCAGGCAGGGGGGGCGGCAGUGCUGGCGCACCCGUGGACUAUACCGGAGAGCGCACUAAGGGGGAUGCUGAAGCGGGUGGCGGGCGCUGGGCUGGUGGGCAUGGAGGUGUAUCGAGGGAAGGAGAUUCAAGAAGAGUACUGCCGCCUUGCCAAUGCACACGGGCUGCUCAAGAUCGGCGGGUCGGACUUCCACGGGGCGGCGAAGCUCGCCAAGAAGGGCUGUGUGGACCUGGGCGGCUGGGUGUUCACGGAGCUGAUGCAGCAGAUGCAAGUGAAGGGCGUGCAGGUGGAGGAGCUCUACAGUCUGGACCUAGACGCGCUCAAGCAGCUCAGCCCCGUGUACGGACUCAUAUUCCUCUUCAAGUGGCGACCAGGCGAGCUAGACACACGUCCCACAGUGCCGGACUCGGCUGCUCCAGACGUGUUCUUUGCAAGCCAGGUGCGUCUGGGUGGUGAAAAGAGGGAGGGGGAGAGGGAUAAGGCGUUCUGGGUACAGGAUAGGGUGCUUGGAGACCCCCAGAUACAUCCAGGCGAGCUAGACACGCGUCCCACGAUGCCGGACUCGGCUGCCCCGGACGUGUUCUUUGCCAGCCAGGAUAGGGUGCUUGGAGGUCUCAAGUUGGGUCCAGGCGAGCUGGACACGCGUCCCACAGUGGCAGACUCUGCUGCUCCAGACGUGUUCUUCGCCAUCCAGGGCGAGUUGGACAUGCGCCCCACCGUGCCCGUCACUGCUGCCCUGGGCGUGUUCUUUGCGAGCGGGCUGGACACGCGCCCCACGGUGCCAGACACUGCUGCUCUGGAUGUGUUCUUCGCGAGCCAGUCCUACCUCACGCACUCCUCCUCUUCGGCCUUCCCUGCUCAGGUGAUUAGCAACGCAUGUGCGACCCAGGCGAUCAUAUCGAUCCUCCUAAACGCAUCCAACCGCAUUGAAAUCGGUCCGGAGCUCUCCACACUCCGCUAUUUCACCCGCGACUUUCCCCCCGAGCUGAAGGGUCUGGCGAUCAACAACAGUGAGGCGAUCCGUGCCGCCCACAACAGCUUCAGCCGCCCGGAAGCCAUAGUGGCUGCCGAGGAGGCCCGGGCGGCAGAAAAGGACGACGACGUGUAUCAUUUCAUCAGCUACGUGCCGAUCAAUGGGGUGCUUUAUGAACUGGACGGACUCAAGCCCGGACCUAUCCGGCUCGGGAAGAUUCCAGGCUCGGGAAAACGUUCGGGUGGUGAUCCAGGAGAGGAAAAAACAGACGUGAAACCAGAGGGAGGCAUGGAAGGAGGAGAAGGAGGAGGGCAAGGAGCCAAGGGAGAGAACAAGGAAGGCGAGAGGGAGGGGGAGGAAGAGGAGGAUGACAUGGCAUGGUUACGCAUGGUGCAACCGGUGAUUCAGCAGCGCAUUGACAAGUAUGCGGAGAGUGAGAUCCGAUUCAACCUCAUGGCUGUGGUGCGCAACAGGAAGGAGGCCCUGGAGGAGCGGCUGGGGGCGCUGAGAGAGAGGAAGGAGGGGCUGCUGGGGGGGAUUGAGAGGAGAGGCGGAGGGGGAGGGGGGAUGGAGGUGGAUGGGGGUGAAGGAGGAGAUGUGGGGGCGUUGGAGGGGGAAUUGGCGGAGAUUGAGAUGCAGAUGGCACACGUGCAAGAUUCAAUAGCAGGGGAGGAGGAGAAGUACCGGCGGUGGCGGACGGAGAACAUUCGCAGGAAGCACAACUACAUCCCCUUCCUCUUCAACUUCCUCAAGAUUCUCGCCGAGAAGAAGCAGCUGCGACCAUUGAUUGAGCGUGCAAGGCAAUCGACAUAG